AUGGAAAAUAAGAAUGCAGAGCCCAAGUUUAAAAGGAUGUACAUUAGGUACAAUGCUCAGAAGGUUGGCUUUCUAGGUGGUUGUAGACCCUUUGUUGGGCUGGAUGGAUGGCACUUGAAGGGUAGGUUUGGUGGGCAAUUAUUGUCUGCCACUGCCAAGGAUGGAAAUGACAAUAUAUUUCCAGUGGCAAUGGCUGUGUUUGCAGAUGACAUUGGCAGGCCAGAGGAACUCAAUCUGGUAUUCAUCAGUGACAGGCAGAAGGGCCUUUUACCUACAAUGGAGACUCUAUUCCCAACUGUGGAGCACGAGUAUUGUGUGAAGCACAUAUACAACAACUUCAAGGUUAAUCACAAGGGCAUAGAGUUGAAGAGUUUCCUUCUGGGAGGAAUCCCCUGCAAGCAUGGAGUUGCACCCAUUUUUGUGAAUUGUGAGAAAUCAGAAGACUACACCCAUCCAUGCUACUACAAGGAUGCUUAUGUGGAGACAUACAAGACUCCCAUACCUCCCAUGCCUGGCCAGUCUGAGUGGAUGUCAAGUGGCCAACCUAAGCCUGUUGCACUUACUGUCUAUAAGCCACCAGGCAGGCCACCCAUGAAGAGGAAGAGAGAUGCUGAUGAGCCAAACCCUUAUAAGGUGUCUAGAGCAAACAGGUCAGUGAGGUGUGGAAGGUGUCAACAGGAAGGGCACAAUGCAAGGGGAUGCAAGGCCAAUGUCACCGGUGAGACAACAUGGGAUAGGAGGCAGAGAUUGCAGAAAGGGAAAUCUGGAAAUGGAAGGCCUUUUACACACAGAUAA